UCAGGCUCGAGCUGCCAGCAGGGAGCAGGAGCCCCGACCCGCGUCAGCGCCCGCCGCCCUCCGCCUUUGCCCGAGCGAUCUCUCUGCCCUUCCCGCUCGCCCUCUCUCCCUAGGCCGCCAUCAUGGUGAAGCUCGCGAAGGCAGCUAAACAAGGAGGACCGAAGAAAAUGGCUCCACCUCCAAAGGAGAUAGAUGAUAGUGAGGAUGAAGAUAUGUUGGAGGAUGAAGAGGACAGCAGUGGAGAGGAGGUUGUUAUCCCUCAGAAGAAGGCAGUGGCUACACCAGGGAAGAAGGGAGCUGCCGCUGCCACCCCAGGGAAGAAAGCCAUGGCCACCCCAGGAAAGAAGGCUGUGGUGUCACCAGCCAAGAAGGCCGUGGUGGCCACCCCUGCCAAGAAGGCAGCUGCAACACCGGGCAAGAAAGCAGUCGCGGCUGCAGCCACCCCAGCCAAGAAAGCAGUCACCUCUGCCAAAGCAGCACCCACCCCAGGGAAAAAGGGGGCCACCCCCGCCAAAGCAGCACCCACGCCAGGGAAGAAGGGAGCCACCCCGGCCAAGGGGGCCAAGAACGGAAAGAACGCCAAGAAGGCUGAAAGUGAGGAAGAAGAUGAGGAAGAGAGUGAAGACAAUGACGACUCUGAGACUGAAGCUUUGAAAAUAGUUGCACCAAACAAACACGACGAUGAAUACGAUGAGGAUGAUGAUGAUGACGAUGACGAUGAUGAAGAUGACUCUGAAGAAGAACCCAUGGAGAUCACACCAGCGAAGGGAAAGAAGGCCCCACCUUUGAAGGCUGCUUUGAAAGCCAAGGUGGAGUCUGAGGAAGAAGAGGAGGAGGAUGAAGAUGAUGGGGAUGAGGAGGAGGAGGAGGAGGAUGAGGAGGAACCUGUGAAAGAAACACUUGGAAAACGAAAGAAAGAAAUGGCCAAGCAGAAAGCUGCACCAGAGGCAAAGAAACAGAAAACUGAACCGAUUGAACCUGCAUCAGCUUUCAAUCUCUUUAUUGGAAACCUGAAUUUCUCCAAAACUGCUCCAGAGCUGAAAACAGGCCUCAGUGAUUUCUUUACCAAGAAUGACCUCACCGUUCUGGAUGUGAGAGUUGGUGUUUCCAGGAAAUUUGGCUAUGUGGACUUUGAAUCUGCUGAUGAUCUGGAAAAGGCCCUGGAAUUGAAUGGCUCUAAGGUCUUUGGUAAUGAAAUGAAACUGGAGAAAGCAAAGGCAAAAGAGACAAAGAAAGAACGAGAUGCCAGGACCCUCUUUGUGAAGAAUCUUCCCUACAAAGUUACUCAAGAAGAGAUGAAAGAGGUGUUUGAGGAUGCUGUUGAUGUUAGAUUAGUGACUGGCAAAGAUGGAAUGAGUAAAGGGAUUGCCUACAUAGAAUUUAAAACAGAGGCUGAUGCGGAUAAGGCCUUGGAAGAGAAGCAGGGAACUGAAAUUGAUGGACGUUCAAUUAUCCUGGACUACACAGGGGAGAAAAGCCAGGGCCUAGAAAACUCCAGAGGUGGAAAGAACAAUGCCUGGAGCGGAGAGUCAAAGACCAUUGUCGUGAACAACCUUGCCUACAGUGCAACAGAAGAAGGUCUCCAGGAAGUUUUUGAAAAGGCCACUUCAAUCAAAGUGCCACAGAACCACCAGGGCAGGCCUAAAGGAUAUGCAUUUGUAGAGUUCUCUACUCCUGAAGAAGCUAAAGAGGCUCUAAACUCCUUGAACAAUGUAGAAAUUGAAGGUAGAACAAUCAGACUGGAGAUGCAAGGAUCAAAAAAUACUAACGCAAGAGGAGGGUUCAGCCACCCAUUCAAGACUUUGUUUGUCAAAGGCCUGUCUGAAGAAACCACAGAAGAGACGUUGAAAGAGUCAUUUGAUGGCUCUGUUCGUGCUAGGAUAGUCACUGACCGUGAAACUGGGUCUUCCAAAGGAUUUGGCUUUGUGGACUUCAACACCGCAGAAGAAGCCAAAGCAGCCAAAGAGGCCAUGGAAGAUGGAGAGAUUGAUGGAAAUAAAGUUACGCUGGACUGGGCCAAGCCCAAGUCCGAAGGUGGUUUUGGAGGCCGCGGUGGUGGCAGAGGAGGAUUUGGUGGCAGAGGCGGUGGCCGGGGCGGUGGCCGAGGUGGGUUCGGUGGCCGCGGCCGUGGAGGCUUUGGAGGACGGGGAGGCUUCCGAGGAGGCAGAGGCGGCAGUGGUGGAGACAAGCAACCAGGAAAGAAGACAAUUUGAAUAGCUUCCCACUCCCCUUUUCCCCCCUCCCUUUCCCUCUGCUAUUUGAAAGGACUCUAGGGUUUUUAUUCUGUCAUCUUGUCACUGACGGAGCCUUCUGAGGACAUUCCAAGACGACAUGCAGUCCUGUUAUCCACUUGGAAACAUAGAUAUCAUUUCAAGGGAAAGAGAGCGCGCGUCUAUUUUGACUGCUUGAGUAUUCGUAUGGACUUUUUAAAAGAGAUGAGAGGUAGAUUGUGGGAGUUAACUUUGUCUGUGAGUUGUCUUGAAUUUAUAAUGUUUUACCCCCCAUGUACAAAAAAUUUUUUUCCUAUGAAUCUCUGUAGUUUUUUUUGCUGUAAAAACGCAGAAUGUUUUAUCAUGGUUUUUGCUUCGGCAGCCUGUCUUGGGACAGAUUAAAGGGCCUAAACUGGUGG